AUGGAGUCGUCGCGCGGCCCUCCAAGGGUCAAGAACAAGGCCGCCGCGCCUCAGCAAAUCUCCGCCGAACAGCUGCUGCGAGAAGCAGUCGACCGACAGGAACCAUCUCUCACUGCGCCUACCCAGCGAUUCGCCGAUCUCGAGGAACUGCAUGAAUACCAAGGGCGAAAGCGAAAGGAGUUUGAAGACUAUGUGCGCCGUAACAGACUUAACAUGGGCAACUGGUUCCGGUAUGCCGCCUGGGAACUGGAGCAAAAGGAAUACAGGCGUGCCCGCAGUGUCUUUGAGCGUGCUCUGGACGUUGAGGCGACCAAUGUGCAACUAUGGGUGAGGUACAUCGAGUCGGAGAUGAAAGAGAGGAACAUCAACCACGCGAGGAACUUGCUUGAUCGUGCGGUUACGAUCUUGCCUAGAAUUGAUAAGCUCUGGUACAAGUAUGUGUACAUGGAGGAGAUGCUGGGCAAUAUCCCGGGGACGAGGCAGGUGUUUGAGAGGUGGAUGUCGUGGGAGCCAGAUGAGGCUGCUUGGAGCGCAUACAUCAAAUUGGAGAAGAGAUACAGCGAGUUCGAUCGCGCGAGGAAUAUCUUCGAGAGAUUCACGAUCGUGCAUCCCGAGCCAAAGAACUGGAUCAAGUGGGCAAAGUUCGAGGAAGAGAAUGGGACGAGCGAUCUUGUAAGAGAAGUCUUUGGCAUGGCGAUUGAGACCUUGGGCGAGGAGUUCAUGGACGAGAAGCUGUUCAUUGCGUACGCUCACUUUGAAGCGAAGCUGAAAGAGUAUGAGCGUGCGAGGGCAAUCUACAAAUAUGCUCUAGACCGCAUGCCUCGGUCAAAGUCAGCAAUCUUGCACAAGAUGUACACACAGUUUGAGAAGCAGUUUGGCGAUCGUGAAGGCGUGGAAGAUGUGGUGCUGUCAAAACGAAGAGUUUUGUACGAGGAGCAGGUCAAGGAGAACCCCAAGAACUACGACGCCUGGUUCGACUACGCUCGAUUAGAAGAGACAGGUCAGGAUCCGGAGAGAGUACGGGAUGUGUACGAACGGGCGAUCGCGCAAAUGCCUCCAAGCCAGGAGAAGCGACACUGGAGGCGCUAUAUCUACCUGUGGAUCUUCUACGCCCUGUACGAAGAAAUGGAAACGAAGGACCUGGUACGAGCAGCCCAAGUCUACGAAGAAGCCAUCAAGAUCAUCCCCCACAAGAAGUUCACCUUCGCCAAAGUCUGGAUCCUCAAGGCCCAAUUCCACCUCCGCCAGCAAGAGCUCGACCGCGCACGCAAAACCAUGGGCAUGGCAAUCGGCAUGUGUCCCAAAAACAAGCUCUUCCGCGCCUACAUCGAAAUGGAACUCAAACUCUUCGAAUUCGUCCGCUGCCGCACCCUCUACGAGAAAUGGAUCGAAUUCGACCCCUCCAACUCCCAAGCCUGGAUCAAAUUCGCCGAGCUCGAACAAGGUCUCGAAGACCUCGAACGCACCCGCGCCAUCUUCGAACUCGCCGUCCAGCAAGACGUCCUCGACAUGCCGGAGCUCGUCUGGAAGGCGUAUAUCGAUUUCGAAGAAGGCGAGGGCGAAUACGACAAGACCCGCGAGCUGUACGAACGUCUCCUCUCCAAGACCGAACACGUCAAAGUCUGGAUCAGCUACGCGCAUUUCGAAAUCAACGUCCCCGACUCCGCGGACCAGGUCGCCGAAGACGAGGACGCGGCCGUCAGCGAAGUGGCCAAAGCCCGCGCGCGGAAAGUCUUCGAGCGUGCGCACAAGCUGUACAAAGAGCGGUCGCUGGUCGAGGAGAGGGUGUCGCUGCUCAAUGCCUGGAAGGCGUUCGAAGAUACGCACGGUAGUGAGGAGGACAAGGAGAAGGUGGCGAAGCAGAUGCCGCGGAAGGUCAAGAAGAGGAGAAAGUUGGACGAUGAUUCGUUCGAGGAGUAUAUGGAUUAUGUGUUCCCGGCGGAUGACGAGAGUAGUGCGAAGAUGAGCAAGCUCAUGAUGAUGGCGCAGAAGUGGAAGAGGGAGAAGGAAGGAGGGGCGGAGGCUUGA